AUGGCCGCGGACGACUCGUACACGGCAGCUGACGAGCGCGCCCGUGCCGCCCGGAGGGCGGGCAUCCAGGCGAAGAAGGACGAACAGCCGGCGAACACGGCGCGGAGUUACGCGGCGAAGCAGCGGGAGUGGAAGGCCUGGUGCCAUACGCCUCGGGCUGCAGCAGACGGCUCGCUCUAUAGCUGGCCCGACGGCGAGCUCGUAACGCCGGACAAGCUGGCGGCGUGGCUCAAAGAGGAUAUCCUGUUACGACGCGUUGUGCCGCCGCAGAAGAAGAAGCCGCGCGCGCGGGGUAAGGUUAGGGGCGACGGCAACGGCGAGGCCGUACAGGUACGGCAACAGCGCGAACAGGAGCAGCUCGAGGCCGCGGCCAUGGCAGAGGCCGAAAGCCUGGCCGAAGCUUUGGAGGUCCCCCUGGCCGAGGCCGCUGAGCUGCUCGCUGACGACCGCGAGGGUUACGUGCCACCCACAGGCCUCGCGACGGCUGCAGUAGACCUUACCGAAGGGUCUUUGCUUACGAGGGGCACUAUCGACGCCUAUAUCGCGGCCGUUAUCGAGCUAUGGAGGCUCCAGGUGGCUCACGGCAACUCGAAUACGGAGAAUCCCGGGGCGCGCCACCGCGGGAGCGACGGGAUCCAGGCCGGCUACCUCCCCGAUGAAUGGCUUCGGAUCCAGGAUCUCCUUCUCACUGGCGCCGCGUAUACGCCGCAAAACCUCCGUACGCGAGUCGACCUCCUCUUCGGCCACUACUACCUCUUACGGGGGGAGAACCGCCGCAAGAUGGAGCUUGCAGACCUGUCCCUACUCGACUAUCCGCCUUCGGAAGGGCCGACCCCCUGUGGUUGCCUGGUAAGCCUUUUACGGGACGGCAAGCUAAAUAAGACGGCGAGGAAGGAGUUUAUGGGCGCGCUCCGGCACAAGGACCCCUUAUUCUGUACGCAAGGGGCCCUAGCACAGCUCUUCUUUUGGCGCUGGCACGUCGCCGGCGAACCGCCCCCGUCCUUCCGGCGCCGUCAGGACUGGUAUCGGAUCAAGGUCCUCGUCGGGCGGGACCGCGAGCAGGAGCUCUCGUACCCGACGCAGCUACAAGAGACCUGGCGUAUCUUCGGCGCUGCCGGCCUUAUCGCGUCGAAGAAGACGCACCUCCCGCGCAGGGUGGGCGCCCAGGACGCGGAGACCCAUGGCACGUCGCUCGCCCAGAUCUCGCAGGCCGGCCGCUGGAACCAGAGCGUGCUCUGCCAGGCAUAUCUUACGCACCUACCGCGGCAGUUCAUGCGUAUCGUCGCCGGCUUCUCGGCCUCCCGGGGACUACUUCCUCGCGCGUGGGAACCCCGCUUUGAGGCGCGGGCGCGCCGGCAAUGCUGGGCAGAAGGCGGUCUCGACGACGACGACUUAGCCGCCGACGGCUUCCUUAAGCUUAUGCGGCGCCUGCGUAUAGUACUUCUGCAGGACCUGGCCGUCCUACAGCUCCGCUACCCGUCGCUACCGUUCUUCGCCUACGCCCCUUUUAGCGGGCCCGAGUGGGACGAGUUCGCCGUCGCCGUGCGGUCCACCGCGGUAGGGGCUAUGGAGACGGUAAGCCUGCUCGUACGACGCGCGCUGCCGGAACUAAGCGGCGUCAUAGAGAGCACGCGGGAGGCCCUGUUACAGAAUAGUCAGCGGCUCGCCAUCCGGCUUGAGGCCCGGCUGGACGGGAUUCAGGGCGGCCUCGAUGCCCUCCUCCAAGGCAAGGUCCCUAUCACCUUUACCGGUUACUUCGGAGCCGGGUCAGCAGAGGCGCUGGCGCCGGCGCCGGCCCGGCGCCGUCAACAGUACCUACCUUGA